AUGGAAGGGAAACUAGCACAUGACUACUUGUCGUCCUCAAAGAGCCAACACGGUAUGAUGACGUCACCGCGUCGCUUCUGUGUCGUCACCGGACCGUUGAUCGUAGGCGCCGGACCGUCGGGGCUAGCGACGGCGGCUUGUCUUAAGGAGAGAGGAAUAACGUCGGUUCUACUAGAGAGAUCAAACUGCAUAGCUUCACUGUGGCAGCUCAAGACUUACGACCGCCUCCACCUCCAUCUUCCUAAGCAAUUCUGUGAACUUCCACUUGUACCCUUUCCCGCCGACUUCCCAACUUAUCCGACGAAGCAGCAGUUCAUUGAGUACCUUGAGGAUUAUGCCGAGAGGUUCGAGAUACGGCCUGAGUUUGGACAGACGGUUGAGUCGGCGGAAUUUGAUAAAAACCUCGGUAUGUGGCGCGUGACGAGCGUGGGAGAAGAAGGCACGACGGAGUAUGCUUCCCGGUGGUUGGUAGCUGCGACGGGGGAGAAUGCGGAGCCGGUGGUCCCGAGAUUUGAGGGGAUGGAGAAGUUUUCGGCAACCGGGGUAGUUAAGCACACAAGCAGUUAUAAGACCGGAGGAGAUUUCGCCGGAAAAAGGGUUUUGGUCGUCGGAUGUGGAAACUCUGGCAUGGAGGUUUGUUUGGAUCUCUGCAAUUUCGGUGCUCAGCCUUCUCUCGUUGUCAGAGACGCGGUGCACGUCCUACCACGAGAGAUGUUGGGUACUUCAACUUUUGGGCUGUCCAUGUUGUUACUCAAAUGGCUGCCCAUCCGUCUCGUUGACCGUUUCCUCUUGGUUGUUUCCCGGUUCAUCCUCGGGAAUACCACCCUGUUAGGUCUUAACCGACCCCGGUUAGGUCCACUACAGCUCAAAAACCUCACUGGUAAAACUCCGGUUCUAGACGUCGGGACUCUCGCCAAGAUCAAAACCGGAGACAUCAAGGUGUGUUCGGGGAUCAGAAGAUUAAAACGACAUGAAGUUGAGUUCGAUAACGGAAAAACGGAGAGAUUUGACGCCAUAGUAUUGGCAACUGGCUACAAAAGCAACGUACCCUCUUGGCUAAAGGAGAAUAAAAUGUUUAGUAAGCAAGAUGGAUUUCCAAUAAAAGAGUUUCCGGAAGGAUGGAGAGGGGAGUGUGGACUAUAUGCUGUCGGAUUCACAAAACGUGGUAUAUUUGGAGCAUCAAUGGAUGCAAAGAGAAUAGCUCAAGACAUAUUCGAGUGUUCACGACAAGAAGAUCUGAUCAAGUCUAAAGACUAG